AUGUACUCCCCCAAAUCAAAUGCAAUGACAGUAGAGCGAAAAAAAGAAUUGGACGAAGCUGCAAUUGAAUGUAUCAUUGAUGACUCGCGUUCAUUUGGAGAUUUCAGGCGAUCGGGAAUGCAGUUGUUCUUGAGCGUGGCUACUCCGGGAUAUAAAGGGCCACAUCGGAAAACGGUGUCAAAAAAUUUGGAAAAACUCUAUUAUGAACAUAGAGAUCGUCUGAGAAGAAUAUUUUCAACAGUAAAUGAUAUUGCAUUGACAUCUGAUAUAUGGAAGAAUUCAAGAAGAACUUAUUUUAUUUGCCUGACUGCUCACUAUUAUAACAGCAGUUUUCAAUACAUUUCCUUAGUUAUUGGAUUUCGUCGUCUCCAAGGUCGUAAAAUUUCAACAAGAUUAUAUGAAUACAUUCGAUAUGAAUUAGAACAAUUGAGAAUUCGGUCAAAAAUCCGUUCGAUAACAACAGAUAAUGGCUCUGACAUUAAAGCUGCUACAUCGAAUACUGAAUUUGGCAUUCGAAUUUCAUGUCUGGCUCAUAAUUUAAACUUAACAGUAUCAAAUGGUUUGGGUUUAUGGAAAAAGUUGAAAGACAAUGAAGGUGCUCAACCGAAAGUUGCUGCUGCAUCAACGAUAGCAAUGGAUAUAAUUAGUAAAGAUGAUGAUGAAGCCUCGCUGAUUGAUGAAGCUGAAAUUGGAGAUGACGACAGUAUAGAUGAUCAAGAAAGCAGUUGUUCAAUUGAAUAUGUAGUAGAUAAGUCAGAGCCGAUUUCGUUGAGACAUGAAGAAGAACCGGCAGACAGUAGUGGUGAAGACGAGGACGAACAGCAGCAGAAACGGCAAGCAGCGUCUGGAACAGAUCUUGAUGAUGACUCAGAAGAACGAGAGGAAAUGACAAUUUUAUUAUCAAAACCAAAUAGAGUAGUUGAAAAAGUAUUCAUUUUGCUCAGACAAACUCGCUCGUUGAUCAAACUUAUUCGAAAAUCAAAUAUUCUCGAUGCUUAUGUUCGUCAAGAAGCUAAAAGAAAACAAAUUGAACAUGAAAUGACGGUCGAUAAUCAAAAGCAACAGACUACUUCAAGCUCAACAGCCACAACAUCAACAGAGAGAAAAUCAAAAUUCACUGAUCUAAUCAUCGAUCUUCAUAUUAGAUGGAAUUCCACGUAUGUGAUGCUCGAUCGUUUUAUUGUCUAUCGUGAAAUAGUCAACGUCGUCACCCAUAAUCCAACACUCGUCGUCGGUCUCGAUUCAACUCAACGAGAAAAGCUCAAGAAGUUGUCAUAUUCUCAUACAGAUUGGGAUUGUCUAUUAGCGCUCAAAAAUGUGCUGUUUCCAUUUUAUAGAGUAACCGAAUUGUUAUCUGCUCGCAAUUAUCAGACGUUAGAAAAACAACAAGAACAAAAAAAGACAGGAUUGGAACAAUUAUUUAUUGAUUGUAACGCUGAAUCACCAGCAGUAACAAGAAUCAAUACAGGAACGGAAGAAGAAGCAAUGACAGUUAAAGAAGAAAUUGCUCUAUUAACAACGAUAGUACGAAGAUAUAAUAUUAUUGCUGCAACUUCAGUCGCCAGUGAGUCGGCGUUCAGUAUCGCUGGGUACGUUCAACGAAAACAACGAGCUUCAUUAGCUCCGACAACCCUUCGUCAACUAAUGAUACUGCGUGAUUAUCAAAAACUCUUGACAGAAGAAAAUGAAAAGAAUCAAUGA